CUGAAAUGCCAGACCAGUCCUCAGGCCCUGCGUAAACACAUACCCGGCCAGCAUGAGGGGUUCUCCAUAUCUCUUAUCACCGACUCUCCAAAAAGGCGGGUCCAACUAGCACCAGAACGGCAGUUGGCCACAGAAUUUUGCCCGCCGUGAGCCUGUCCAGUUACUAAGCUGGGCCUGCCAUCUACCUGGUCUAUCUCAUCCCACCUUUGCAUUGUAGAUCACCUUUUUCGAUUCCAAUUUGCAGAUUCCUAUUCUCUCUAUCUACCUAUUCACAUCUGUACAUCAUGGAACAGGAUCCCGGAUUCAUCGCUGCCGUGGAGGAGGCCAAGCUGGGUCUGGCCGAGGGCGGAGUCCCCAUCGGUGCUGCGUUGGUGUCCAAGGAUGGCAAGAUCCUCGGCAGAGGACACAACAUGCGCGUUCAGAAAGGAAGCGCGACGCUACAUGCUGAGAUGUCGGCUCUUGAGAGCUCUGGACGUCUUCCCGCCUCCGCCUACGAAGGUGCCACCAUGUACACCACCCUGUCGCCGUGUGACAUGUGCACCGGCGCCUGCGUGCUCUACAAGGUGAAGCGCGUUGUCAUCGGCGAGAACAAGAACUUCCUCGGUGGCGAGGAGUACCUCCUCAACCGCGGAAAGGAGGUGGUGGUGCUGGACAACCAAGAGUGCAAGCAACUAAUGGAGGACUUCAUCAAGGAUAAGCCGGAGCUUUGGAAUGAGGAUAUUUCCGUUUAGAUAUGCUUGAGCGCUUGUUGCAGACACGCUGGCAUUCAUUGAUCGAGGGUUGUAGAAAUGAAAUAUCCGUUGUGUAUAU